AUGGCCAAGUCCAAGCUGCCACGCUCCACGCCAGCAGCACGCGCUGCGGCUGUGCCACCACCUAGGCUGGCCGCCGCUGCACAGCAACAGCAUCAUCAACAACAACCUCCGUCUACACCACCAGCUCCUGUGCCACCGACCAAGCCCUCUGUGGCCGGCGCAUCCACGCCACCACGAUCUGCUUCGCCCGUCUCGAAUCACGACACAGACAGCGUCGCGCUCUCUUCAGCCAAGAAGAAAAAGAAAAAGUCCAAGUCCAAAGCCAAGGACGCCGAUUUCAUCGACGAUCAAGAGUAUGAGCUUCAGCAAGCUGCGGCUCUGGCACAACGUCCUCGUUCGCCAGCGUCGCUUGCUGCCAGGGCACAGGCCCAGGCGCAGCUUUUGGCAGCCGCAAGUGAGCUCUACCGACGCAUUGAAGGCGACGCCCAAGGUAUUCCGGACGAUGAUGCUUAUUGGACGUCGCUCCCAGCGCAUUUGAGGACAUUUAUUCGCAACGCGCUACCUCUCGGCCAGUUCCCUCCAGCAGCGCAGGCGGCCCUUAACGAGAACGCCAACGAUCCAGCCAACCGUCACGCUUCGACACAGGCCAUGAUUGCUGUUGCCCAGCAAUUGGCCCAAGCAGCCCAUGCAUCUCAACGCCACAUUCAGCAGUAUCCCCCAGGUACUCACCCCUACCCACCGCUUCCGUUCGAUGCCUCCAUCUUUGCCGACCUCGCUCUGCAUCCCGAUCAGCCAUUGCCACUCCACCCCCAUCCCAACACUGCCAACAAUGCGCAUCCUACCAACGUCAACGGUGCCUAUGGCCAGUACUCUUCCAGCCCCAACCCGCCGCCUACGCAGCCACCAGUCGAACCAUUGCCGCCUCCCGUCGUACUCUACGACAACUUUGACGACGAAAUCGACAGGUUCGACGACGAUGGAGUCGAUGAUGCGCACUACUACGACGAUGCCGAGCUCGACGAAGACGACGAGGUUCUCGAAGCUGACGCGGGCCUCCUGCGUGCUCGCAACCGUGUUUGGAUGCAGGAAGGUGCCAAUCAUGCACUCAGACCUAACGGACUAGCUACGCAUCCGGAUGGCAUGCGUUCGGCGAGCAAGAACAAAAAGAAGAAGAAAAAGAAAAAGGGUGGAGCCGGAGCCGCUGCUGGACACGGCGAUGACGAAGCACACGAGAUCGAGCUCGAGGUUCCUCCCCCCAAGCCUGUUCCCAAUCACCCUCCUCCUUCCACCAACGUCUCUUCGGUAGCGCGAAAUUCGAAUCCUCCGCCUCCCAGCUCCCGCGCCGCUGGCAAACAGCCCAUGACCUUCAAUUCGACUGGCAAGACGCCAGCAAGGCCCGCCAACGGCUUGCCACCUUCGUCCAACUCUGGCAAGCGCUCCGUCUCGUCUUCAACCCAUGGACAUCCACCCGCCGCCAACGCUUCGGCCAACAACGCCAAGAUCUGGUCUACUAGCUCGGCAGAGGAGCGCGAGCGCAUCAAGGAGUUCUGGCUUGGGCUUUCCAUGAAGGACAGGCAAAAGCUUGUUCAAGUCGAAAAGGAGACAGUGCUCAGAAAGAUGAAGGAGCAGCAAAAAUUCCUUUGCAGUUGCGCUGUUUGUGGUCGCAAGCGCUCCGCCAUUGAGGAAGAGCUCGAGGUCCUGUACGACGCCUACUACGACGAGCUCGAAGAGUAUGCUAACCAUCAGCAGCGAUGGGUCAGCAGUGGCGGCACCAUUCCACCACCUCCUGGCCCAGGUCCCUUCCCUGGCAGCGUUGCGCUCGAUGCUUCUGGCGCAGUAAUCGGCGGCGAUCCUUUGUCUCGCACCAGGGCAGCCCACGCCGGUCGCGAUACAAGGCACACGCACACGCACACACAUGCACACACGCACACGCACACGCACACGCACACGCACACGCACACGCAUGCCCAUCAGCAUCCCCACCCUCACCCGCACGGCCGAAAAGCAUCCCUGCAUCCCGAGUCUUCUGAUGGCUAUGAUGAUGACGAGCUUGACGAUGAUGCAGAGUACGACGACGACGACGACGAUGCCGACUACGACGACGAAGAUGAGGACGACGACGUUGAGCUCGAAAAGGAGCGUGCUCGCGAAGACUACGAUAAGCGCAAUCCUGUACCUUCCGCGCGACGACGCGGCACCAAUGACUCAAAUGACCUCUUUGGGCUCGGUAGUAGCCUCACUGUCAAGGGUGGUAUCCUCACUGUUGCUGACGACAUGCUCAAGAACGACGGCCGAAAAUUCCUCGAAAUGAUGGAGCAACUCGCCGAGCGCAGGAUGCACCGCGAAGAGCUCACCAACGCCGAGCUUGCUGCCAGCGAUGACGAGGACGACGUCGACGGACCGGACGAUGUUGAUGACGAGGAUCUCGACGAGGAAGACGAGGACGAAGAGGACGAAAUUCUCACCGAAGAGCAGCGCAUGGAGGAAGGUCGCAAGAUGUUCCAGAUCUUUGCCGCGCGCAUGUUUGAGCAGCGUGUUCUCGCCGCGUACCGAGAGCGUGUUGCUCAGGAACGACAGCUGCAGCUGCUCCGCGAGCUCGAAGAGGAGGACGACAACGAAAAGGCCCGAGAGGCUCGUCGCAUGAAGGAGUCGCAAAAGAAGAAGGACAAGAAAAAGGCGCAGCGCGAGGCGAAGGAGGCAGAGAGGCUCAAAAAGGAUCAGGAGCGAGCUGCUGCCGAGGCCGAAGUUCGCGCCCAGCAACAAGCACAGCGCGAUGCUGAGCUCAAAAAGCAGGAGGAGAUCCGCCUCAAGAAGGAAGCUGAGCGCAAAGCACGCGAGGACGAAAAGGCCAAGAAGGACGAGGAACGUCGCCGACGUCAGGCCGAAGAGCGCGAGCGUCAGUUGGAAGUUGAGCGCAAGCGCCGCGAGAAGGAAGAAAAGAUCCGACUGGAGCGCGAGCUUCAAGAAAAGGCUAAACGCGAUCGCGAAGAGGCUCAACGCAAGGCAAAGGAAGAACAGCAACGAGUGCAACGCGCAAAAGAGCUCAAGGCCAAGGAAGAGCAGGAACGCAAGGCCGAGGCCGCCCAAAAGGAGAAAGAGGCUCGAGCCCAGGCGCAGCGCGAGGCCAAGCAGGCAGCAGCUGCCGCUUCUCGCGGUGCUUCCGCCGCCCAAGGCGUACCCAGCUCUCCCUCGACAGGUCCCAAGGCUGGCUCCAACAAGGCCGCGAACGCUUCGACUCCUGGAACCCCUGCUCGCGGCGGCAAAAAUGGCUCUGUUACUGGUCCUCCCACCGUUGGUCUAGGCCAAGAUCAGGUCCAGCCGCGUGGCGUCCAUAGUCAACGAUCGGCUGCCAGCUCAAAGCAUGCACCAGGUACCGGAGGGCCGAAUGCAGCCGGUGGACUCGCUGCUGCCGUGGCUGCUUCGUCUGUUGCUCCAGCCGGAUCGUCGUCCAACGCUGUAGGCUCAACUUUGCCAGCUCCACCGCAGGGCUUGCCUCCUCGUCCGUCGACCGCCGUCUUGACGCCUGCUGGCUCUUCAUCGCAGACCUCUUCGGUCUCAGUUGCCGCCAAUGCUGGACUUCCUCGUCCUCCCACCAAUCUCGCCGGUGGAGGAUCUUCGUCGGCCGUACCGCCAUCUCUUGGCUUUGGAUCGAUUGCACUUAACGCCCAAUCCAACGUGCCGAUGCCGUCGGCCAAGACUCCCGGCUCCAGCAUUUCGCCCAAGCCCGCUCAAUCGUUCGUGCAGCCUCAAGAGAAGCAACCUUCUCCCCCAGGAUUUGGCGCGGCCCAAUCGCCGAUGGGAGCUGUGUACGGCCAGCACGCAGGACUCGAUAGUCUUCGAUCACCUACGCUUUCAAACGGCUUGCAGAACAGCGGCAUGUUUGGCAGCAAUGGAAGCAUGAGCUCCAGCCUGCAGUCGCCAAGUCUGGGCGCUCCCGGCAUGGGCGGCAUGACGAACAGCCUUGCUUCGCUCAACCUCAACGCAGCUCCGCUGUCUUCGCCAGCUCUCAACGUCGGCAAUCCGCUGAUCAGCAGCAAAACACCCGGGCUUGGUAUGGAAUCGAGCACGCCCACCGGCCACAAUCUCGGACAUAUGCAUAGUCCCACGCAGACGCCCUUCUCGCCAAUGAGCGGAAGCGGUUCCGUGGAUCCGAUGCGUAGUCGCACAGCUUCGUUUGCCGACUCGGAUCCCAUGUCUUUUGCUGGCAUUCGACCGGGCUCGUCGCUUUCGCAGAGGGUACCUACGUACCGGUCUGGUGCACCCACGCCCAUUGGUCCCAUCGGACGACCCAAAGCGAUGGAUGCGAUACAGCAACACAUGCACGACGAACACACCGGAGCCAUCGGCAACGGACGUUCGUCGAGCACUACCAGCGGCUCUGGCGCUACCAGCCCGAGACUUCCGGAGGGCAUCCUCGGCAGCUCGGCUCUCGGAGGCGACGACGACAUCAUUGACCCCAAGCCUCGCCGCGUCAGUCACACGAUUCCGAUCGGUGGCGGCGCUACUGGAAGCAGCAUGGGCAGUGCAGGUUCGUUCUUUGGCGGUGGUAUGGGCGGAGGCAGCGCUGUUGGUGGUGGCUUUGGCGUGGGUUCGUCUUCCCCGUGGAGCUCAUUUUCAGGCAACAACCCGACUGCGCCGGGUCCCUUGUCUCCGGCUUUCAACGGCGGCGGCGCAGCACCUGGAUCGAUCGGGUCUGGUCUUGCGACGGGCAAUUUUGGUCUGAAUCAAAACGCUAGCACACCUGGCGCAGGCUCCAGUGGAUCGGGAAUGGCGGGCGGCGCUGCGUCGGAUCCAUGGGCUCGGAUGUCGACCAACUCUUGGGAUCGCGCUCGCUUUGCGUUUGAGCAGCCUGGCGGCAACGGUGUCGGUGCAGGAUCCAACGGUGGAACGCCCUCAGGACUGGGAGGGAUAGGUGGUUCGCACCAUGCGCAUGCGCCUGGAAGCCAUAUGGGCCAUCUGCACCAUCAAUUGGGGCUGAGCGCUGGGCCGGGCAACGGAAACGGAAGCGGCAGUGGUGGCAUGCUAGGCUCGUUCGCGCUGGGUGCACCUGGCAGCGGCACAAGAAACUUGUUUGGCGCACCAGGCAGCAACGCGCUGCAUCCAGGCGCUAUCGGCUCGGCGCUUUCUCCGACUUUGCCCGGUGCUCGACACGUCAGUGGUAGUCACGAGUGA